AAUUUGAAGUGUUUCUAAGGAAGUGGUGCAAGUGGACCAACGCACCGAGAUGUACAGCUAUGAUUUUGGUAUCCACAGACCGUUUACUGUCUCACAACCGCACCACAAACGCUAACAAAAAUUUUCGGGUCUUGAUUUAUCACGUCAACAACUUGACAGAACUGCGCUUGAAAAACCAAUAUGCGGGGGUCUUGGCGCGACGGGAAAAAGUUGACCGAUUGAUGGACUUCAGGUUUUGGUUCUCUUGUUGAUGUCAAAUAUGAUGGAUUUUCGAGGCGUCCCUCCUGUUCACGGUAGCAACACAACGUUUCCGGACAGAAGCUCAUAAAAUCUUUGCGUCACACACGAUACGCUUAACGACGGAACAGCAGACAUCUUUCAACUGUACGUAAUUCAAAUCCUGCUUUGCCGUGGGCAUCACAUGUGUUUGCUGCGCUUGCUGUAUUUGGAUCGGUACCACAUACGAAGAAAACACGCCUUAUUGUUUCCACCAAGGCUCUGGGUGCGAUCUACAUCAAGGCAAUCAACGUCCCGGAUCUAUCAAAGAGAGCACAGCCAUCGGCAAUGUAAGCCCGAGAGCAACAAGGCGCGACUGAGGACUCUGUUCUGGUCCAUCCGCCGGCAGAACGUCAUCUUCGUUAGGUCUAUCAAUAAGUAGAAACGAAUCCACGUACGCAUGGUUCAGAAAAUGCCCAAAUCCGUCCGCCAGUGAAAGAAGGCUAAAUCUCUGUCCAUCCAAUGAACAGGCCGAGACAAAUGUGUCUCGGAUAUCUCAGGGAGGAACAAAACCGCUGGCAACACCAGCGAGGAAAGAGUACUAUUUAAUUUGUCGAAUCUAACUGGCAGUGAACGCAAGAUACAAUCUUCGUCGAAAGGAGGAACAUAGCCAUCGACAAGCUUUUGGCCACCAAGACGCAAAUCCUCAAGUCAUUCAAUAGCUUGAUCGUUGAAUAUGUAUUGGAUCGAACAAUUCUCACUACUAUCAUCUCCUCAUUUCUAUUUUUGCUUUCUUUAUCAUCAAUGAACAUCAGUAAAGAUCAGACGACCACUUCCAACCCUCAAGUUUCAAUCAUGCGCUUUGCUGUUGGGUCUCUUGCAGCCCUUGCUGCCCUUGGAUCCGCCACAAAUGACGAGGAUUAUGACUGGAAUCAUGAAAUGAGUACUAACGAAGAACUCUCAAAUAGUCGCCUAGGUGGUUCUGAAACUAUUUCUCUUUCGAUCCCACUUCUCGAUGUCCAUCUUAUGGAGAACGAAACGUUGACGCAUAGUGGCGUGAGUCUUAGAGAGCUCCAAAAUAGUCCAACUAAAACGGCUUAUGCUCCCCCUCCUUAUGAUACACCAGACAUGGGUAUAUUCGACCAAUCGGCAGUUUCAGGUGGUAACAAAGUUCGUUUCAGUGACACUCCUCAUUCUGCUGACUCUGUCAUCCAUAACUAUGGCGGAGCCUCUGAUAGUAUUGCAGACAGUAUCAUCGAUUGUACCACUGCGUGCCCCAAUGAACGUCCUGUUAUCGGUGUUUCGGGGCAAGAUUUUUCGCGCAUAGUAUACAGCUGUAAUGCUACGUACUGCAUGUACGACCUCCCAAUGAAUUGCUGGGAUACAUCAGGUGUCACUGAUAUGAAUUAUGCAUUUUUGGGUCGGUACAUUGAAGAGGAUAUUGGUUGCUGGGAUGUAUCCAGUGUGACAAACAUGGACUACAUGUUUUCACGGACGACGUUUUUAAGAAACACCAACAUUGGUGUUUGGAACAUGUCGAGUGUGACUUCUACUAAAAAAAAUGUUUUCUUAUGCAUCUUCCUUCAAUCAGCCUAUUGGUGAUUGGGAUGUAUCCAGUGUGACAAGCAUGAACGGCAUGUUUUUUCGUGCAUCUUACUUGAAUCAGCCAAUCGGUGAUUGGGAUGUGUCAGGCGUGAAUGACAUGGCGUAUAUGUUUCAUGGAGCAAUCAGAUUCAAUCAGCCUGUUGGUGAUUGGAAUAUGUCCAGAGUGACCUACGCCCAGUUCAUGUUUUUUGCGGCGCACGAUUUCAACCAGCCUAUUAGUGAUUGGAAUAUGUCCAGUUUGACCGACGCCAUGAAAAUGUUUUACGUGGCGUACGAUUUCAAUCAGCCCAUUGGCGAUUGGGACACUUCAAGUCUGAAAAAUGCUCGGGGGAUGCUCGGCGGUCAGAACUUCAAUCAGCCUAUUGGUGAUUGGGAUACGUCCAGUGUUACUGACAUGAGUGGGAUGUUUUCAAAUACAACAAGUUUUGACCAACCUAUUGGAACAUGGAAUACUUCAUCUGUCGAAGGAAUGGGUCGCAUGUUUUAUUCUUCGCAUUUCAACCAACCCCUAGAUGAAUGGGAUGUGUCAGCUGUGGCUCACAUGUUUCUCAUGUUUGACGGAGCUACUAAUUUUAAUCAAUGCCUAGGCUCAUGGGCUGAAAAGACUCCAGACUAUGUUUCUGUUUUUGGCAUGUUUGACAACAGUGCAUGUCCUAACACUUCUGAUCCAGAUAAAACGAAGGGACCCUGGUGUCAAACGAGCAACGACUCUUGCGGUCACCUCGUUUCUUCUGACUGUGCGAACGAGAAAGGCUUCACAAUCAAACGCAAAUAUAUUGAAUGCAACGAAUUGUCAGAACUUAGCGAUAGAGAAAGGAAUGCAUUAUGCAGGAAAAAGGUACCAAAGCAGGCCUGCCCUGGGGUGUGCGACCGUCGGUGCAUUUGCAAAGAUAAGAAAAGGUUUUCAAUCAAGAAGAACAGAAAGCAUAUUUUCAAGGGAUCAUACAAGUGCAGAAAUGUUGGAAAACAGAAUCAACCAUCCUGCGAUACCAAAGCAAAGAAGCGCCUACUCGUAAAGGAUCUCUGCCCAAAGAAGUGCGAUUCUUGCUUGACUUGAGGAUCAAUACGUGCUCAUGAAAACUGCCACCGUGCAUCGGCAUUUCCGGCAGGGCGAAAGCAAAGGUAAACUUCAAACUCGUAUUUCCCGACAGGUAAGCUAUUUGCGUUCCUUUCAUUCGUUCUUUUCAUAGAGUCCUUCUUGUCAUUCAAUCCUCACGUGUACAAAUCGUUUCAUUCCGUUCUAUUUCAUUAUCAAGAUACAAUAUAUUUGCAAACACAAAAAUCUUUCAAAAUUUGACAGAGGAGUAGGAUUUCAUAACGAAACGAAUAGCAUCAGUGCACUACCCGGAAGAUAACACACACACACACGUUCCGUCAAAUCUUACACGAGGGAGUCUAUUCAUAACUCACAACC